AUGACUGCAAAUUCGGGUCAAGAUUUAUUCCUUGGGUUGGAUUUAUCAACUCAACAACUUAAAGUGAUUGUCACAGACUCAUCAUUAAAACAUCUUGAGACGUUUAAUGUUGAAUUUGAUCAACAAUUUGGUGAAAAAUACUCAAUUAAAAAGGGUGUUUUAAGUGAUGAUAAAUCUGGAGAAAUUGUUUCUCCUGUGAAUAUGUGGUUAGAAUCUAUAGAUUUUGUCUUUUCUGAAAUGAAACGUAAAAAAUUCCCCUUUGAUAGAGUUUGUGGGAUUUCUGGAUCUUGUCAACAACAUGGAUCAGUGUAUUGGUCGAAAGAUGGAGUGUCAAAUUUGACAAAAUUAAAUGUAAAAUCUGGUGAAUUGGUUGAUCAAUUGACUUCAAAUGAAAGUUUUACUUUCCCUAAUUCCCCCAAUUGGCAAGAUCAUUCCACUGGGAAGGAAAUUGAAGUUUUCGAACUGAUUGCUGGAGAUAGUGGGAAAUUAGCUGAAUUAACCGGUAGUAGAGCUCAUUAUAGAUUUACUGGAUUACAAAUCCGGAAAUUAGCAAUAAAUCAAAGAUCUAAAUAUCAAGAAACUGAAAGAAUUUCAUUAGUUUCAAGUUUUUUAGCAUCUGUAUUAUUGGGGAAAUUAACCGAAAUUGAACAAGCAGAUGCUUGUGGAAUGAAUAUUUAUGAUAUUUCCAAGCAAGAAUAUAAUGAAGAAAUGUUGGCAUUAACUGCUGGAGUACAUCCUAAAGUUGAUAAAGACCAUUCCAUUGAUUAUGACAAGGAAAUUGAAUCAAUUAAAAAGAAAUUGGGUGAAAUUAAACCAAUUACUUAUAAAUCAAAUGGAGAAAUAUGUCAAUAUUUUGUUGAUAAAUAUGGAUUUAAGUCAAAUACCAAGAUUUAUUCAUUCACUGGUGAUAAUUUGGCAACUAUUUUAUCGUUACCAUUAGCUGAAAAUGAUAUUCUUGUAUCAUUAGGUACCUCCACCACUGUACUUCUUGUAACCAAGAAUUAUUGUCCAUCAUCUCAAUAUCAUUUAUUUAAACAUCCAACCAUGCCUGAACAUUACAUGGGGAUGAUUUGUUAUUGUAAUGGAUCAUUAGCUAGAGAAAAGGUUAGAGAUCAAGUCAAUGAGAAAUAUGGAGAAAAAGACGGUGAUUGGAAGAAAUUUGAUGAAAUUUUAAAUCAAUCAACUCAUUUUGAUAAUCAAUUGGGUAUUUAUUUCCCAUUAGGAGAAAUUGUACCUAAUGCUUCAGCACAAAUCAAACGAUCUAAAUGGGAAAAUGAUAAACUUGUUGAUGUUACAAAAUGGGAAAAUUCAGAUUCUGAUGUGACAUCGAUCAUUGAAUCACAAACAUUGAGUUGUAGAUUAAGAUUAGGACCAAUGUUGGAAGUAGAUGGUAAAUCUUCUAAAGCUCAUGAUUUAUACAAUUCACUUGUUGAGAAAUUUGGUGAUAUUUACACUGAUGGGAAGAAACAAAAUGAAUCUUCAUUGACUGCAAGACCAAAGAAAGUUUAUUUUGUUGGGGGUGCCCUGAAUAAUAUGAAUAUUGUUAAGAAAAUGAGUAGUAUUCUUGGACUGACCGAGGGGAAUUAUCGAGUAGAAAUCCCCAAUGCAUGUGCUCUUGGAGGCGCCUUCAAGGCCAGUUGGGGCUAUGCAUGCGAGACCAAGAAUGAUUGGAUCGAUUACAAUGAAUAUAUCAGUGAUCAAUUUGAUUAUAAGAGUUUGGAAGAGGUUGAUACAACUGAUCGCUGGGAAGAAUAUUUCCAAGGAAUUGGAAUGUUGGCUGAAAUGGAGAAACUGUUAAAGAAAGAUUAGAAUAAAAAUUAUAAGUUUUAUUAG